AUGGCUACACCUCUAGUGACGGGCAACAACGGUAGCGCCCUUGUGGACAACGUCCAGGAAAUCAUCCGCGCCUCCGCCAACCACGACAUACGGGCACUAGAAAGGUGUAUCGAUCAUUAUUCAUUCCCGGACUGCAAAGCUGUCGAUGUCCAAGAUUCGGUCACAGGCUUCUCACCGCUGCAUGCCGCAAUAUCUACCUGUGUGACACAGGUCAACGGAGACGCUGAUCAUCCCGUACAUAGUGAAGAGAGUGGUGUUCGAUUUCUCAAGUUCUUGCUCGAGAAUGGCGCGAUCUGGAACCAGCUAGACAAGAAUGAUGAGACCCCCGGCUGUAUUGCCUACCGCCUGGGCCUGCAUGAUCUCUAUCAAAUUAUGGUGGAUGCUGGAGUCCGCGCCGAGAUGGUUCUCAAUCGCCUGGAAGGGUACGAAAGACUCCACGGCGGUGAAGACGGCGAGGAUGUCCACGGGGCAGAAGGGUCGCACGGCCAGGACAACUCGGAAGCCAACGGCCUGCAGGAACAUGUCUCAAGCUCUGUCUACCUCUCUUCAGCACUAUCAGUCGGCGACAACAGACUUCUGGAUGAACAACAAAACGGUGUCAUGAUGGCAUGGGAAAGCGACAUUAUGCUUCGGUCUGCUAAUGCUCUCCUCCCAGAACCGGGACUCAAGAUCUUGAACAUCGGCUUCGGCAUGGGCAUCAUCGAUACGCACAUUCAAAACCAUGCUAACAAACCAGCUAGUCACCAUAUUGUGGAAGCUCAUCCCGAUGUUCUCAGCAACAUGGAAAGGAAUGGAUGGAUGGAGAAGUCCAAUGUGGUCGCUCACAGAGGAAAAUGGCAAACUGUGCUUCCGCAACUCAUCGCAGAAGGCGAGGCCUUUGACGCCAUCUACUUCGACACCUUCGCAGAGUCAUAUGGCACAUUUCGCGACUUUUUUUCGGAGCAAGUGAUCAGCCUCCUGAACCAGAACGGCCGGUGGUCUUUCUUCAACGGCAUGGGCGCCGAUAGACAGGUCAGCUACGACGUGUAUCAGAAGGUUGUCGAGUUUGACUUGUUUGAGUCCGAUUUCGACGUGGAAUGGGAGACCGUUGAGCUCCCCGAUUUGACGCGGGAAUGGCAGGGCGUUCGCCGAAAAUACUGGAACAUCGACCACUAUCGAUUGCCAAUUUGCAAAUUUAUGGAUUGA